GACAUAAAGAGAUAUCGACAAGUUUGUAAUGUAGGUAACAUAAAGAGAACACGGAACUAUUCGUCUUUGAAAAUAUUAAGAAAAUAAAAUGGCAAUGGCUGAGAAAAUGGUGGAAUAUAUUCCACCAGAAAAUACAACCUACGUCUGGUUUAGUCAGUUUGAUACAAAGGACUAUCCAUUUCACGAUGCAACUGGUCUAAUGAUACUAAUUGUGUUCGCUUAUUUAUGGUUUAUCUUGAAAGUUGGACCAGAUUUAAUGAAAAAUCGCCAGCCAAUGGAGUUGAGGAAAACAAUAUUCGUAUACAAUUUAUUGCAAGUCAUUCUAUCCACCUAUUAUACUUGUUUGGGAACAGCAAUACUCUGGGAAACUGAACUUUUUCCAAAAGUAUGCCCCACGUUUGAUCCUAAAUUCCGAGGAAAGAUAUCAUAUCUUAUAUACGUUUUCCUACUCGGGAAAUACACCGAGUUGUUAGACACGAUAUUCUUUGUACUCAGGAAGAAGUAUGAUCAAGUGUCAUUCCUUCACGUGUACCAUCAUUCGUCCGUUGUCUUCGGCACCUACAUGUUGUUCCGUUACAGCCAAUGCCACAGUUGCGUCUAUUUCAUCACCGUCAACUCUUUUGUACACAUCGUCAUGUAUACCUACUACCUCGUGUCUGGCCUUGGACCGCAGUUCGCGAAGUAUUUGACGUGGAAAAAACACAUCACUAAUUUACAAAGGAUCCAGUUUAUAAGUAUCUUCUUGCAUCAGAUUCUGUGCAUUCUCCGCACAAAAUGCGAGUACAGCUACGCCGCAAUCAUAUACAUACUGUAUUCGACUGUACUGUUCUUUAGAAUGUUUACCAAUUUUUACACAAAAUCCUAUAAGAAGAAGAAGCCGCCCAAACUUAUUAAAGGUGUGCUGACAAUGAACGAAGAGGAAGAAAAAGAGCAGUGAAAUGUUUACAUAUUCAAUAUACUCCAUAACAAAGUAGCCCCCGCUGUCUGUACGCCUUUUUUAAACAGUGCUACGGAAUUUUAUGUAAUUUAUAAUUAAAUUUGUACACAUUUGCUCGUAAAGCGUCUCUUAUUGCACCAAUUUCAAU